AUGACCGCCACCUCGCGGCCACAGCAUCCCAACGGGAGCCUAGCCCCGGCCUCCGACGGCGGCGAGUCCUUCGCCAAGUUCUUCGAGUGCUGGAUCUUGGAGCAGUCGCGUGACCUGGCCGCGCUCCGCGCCGCGGCCACGGCGCGGCCCGACGACGCUGACCUCCGGCGCCUCGUCGACCGUGUCCUCGGCCACUACGAGCACUACUACCGCGCCAAGUCCGCGGCCGCCUCCGCCGACGUGCUCCCCAUGUUCGCGCCCUCGUGGAUCUCCGCCACCGAGAGCCUCUACCUCUGGUGCGGCGGCUGGCGCCCCACCGCCGCGAUCCAGCUGCUCUACUCCAAGUCCGGCGUGCAGCUCGAGGCCAAGCUCCCGGCCUUCCUCGACGGCGGCAGCCUCGGGGACGGCGACCUCGGCGGCCUCUCCGCCGAGCAGCUCCAGGCCGCGGACCAGCUGCAGCGCCGCACCAUCCGGGGGGAACGGGAGAUCGAGGAGGCCGCCGCCGGCGCGCAGGAGUCGUUGGCGACGACGAAGAUGGUGGAGCUCGCCGGAAAAGGAGGUGUGGACGCGGCGGAGGGGAUGGAGCGGGAGAUGGAUGCCAAGGCGGAGGCGAUGAAGCGCGUGCUGGAGAUGGCGGACGCGCUGAGGCUGGAGACGCUGCGCGGCGUGGUGGGGCUGCUCCGGCCUGCGCAGGCCGUGCACUUCCUCGUGGCCGCCGCGGAGCUCCACCUCGCCGUGCACAAGUUCGGCCGGCGCAAGGACGGCGCCGCCGCGGCGGAGUGA